CAUAAUAUUAUAGAAGAAGAAAUAAACGGAAGUCAAGCGACCAAAUACAAAUUCCACGUUAGCGUUAUUGUUUAGACGUGUAACAACACCCUAGACUGAAAAAAAAAACUAAUUGAACUACACCGCAUUACAUACUUACCUCAGGUAGUGUUUAAUUCGCGUUGGAGACGGGACUUGGUUGAUAGAUGUUAUCUAGGUAACGCUAGCUAGCUGCUUAGCUAACAAUGGCUAACUGUAUGGUUUUUCACACUCAAAUAGCCUCCGUCAUGGAGGUGCUAGCGAAUGCAGCCGUGGCAGAGAUCUGUAAACUCGUAGACGACGACUAUGCAGUGUUUCGUUUGGAAAUAACUCAAAGCCAGAAAGAAAACGGGGCCUUGCGGAGGAAACUACAGCUAUUGGAACUAAAGGUGGCACGGGAGCGCGCAGAGAGGACAAUACGAGAGCGCGUCCUCGCCAGUCGUCCCAGUAGUGUCAAGGUCCUCGACCGAUACAAAGGAAUGACAAGAGGUGGACAUCUCACUGGAGGCCACAGGAGCUUUGUAAAGCCAGCGGGUCACAAUACAUGGAGCGAUGACCAACCAAUCACUGUUGACGAGGGCACUCGAACCUCAAUUCAGAACAUUAUUGUGAUAGAGUCUGUAGAUGCAGAUGCUGCAGGGCCCGGAGGAUCGCCACUGGUCAAGCAGGAGAAGUCUGAAGGAGAGGAGGACCCACGGCACAACAGAGAUAUCCAAACUGGAGCAGCGGCUGGAGUGCCCCCUAUAGCCACGGAGGACAACACCACCGCUCCAGUGCAGCCCAGGACCCAACGCAGCAUCACGGAGGUCAGUGGAACGCCGAACGCCGUCCUCAAGUCCGAGACAGACACAAAGACUUUAACUUUAACACGCAGGCUCUUACACACAGGAUUUGACCACAGAUCAGACCCAGAGAGACUGGGGCUGGGGCUGGGGAGACUGGGCUGUCCUCCUGCUCCCAGCUCAGAGUACUUACCAGUAUUUCACCAGACCCAGAGGACGGUUCAUUCCCGUGGAGAUGGUGAAGGUGACACAUUAGACACUGGCAGUGAUGAUCUGUCUUCCUCUUACGCGACAGAGAUGGAACCUGGCAACAUAUCCUUGGGUUUAGAGACACAGACUGAUCUGUCUAGAGGGUACUGGAACCAGUGCAGUAGUAGUGUAUACUCUGAAGGGUGCCUAGAUAAGAAAAGGGAGGGUCUGGUCGUAGAUGUGAAAGUGGAGGGCGAUGCUCCUCCCACAUGGAAUGCAGAUAGUCACCUAGGAGACCGACACUCACAGGGCAGAGAAUUCUUAGAUUACAGAGGAAGCUUAGAGACUAAUCCAAAUGUCGCAACCCACUCCCCUUUACACGCAUUCAGGGAUCGCGACCCAGUGUCCGCAUCGAUGGGGCUUUCUGAUUCACAGGGCCCCGUCCUUUUCGAUCAGGUCUUGAACUCAAACGACCAAAGGGCAAAGGCUCGGGGAGGUGGAGAAACAUCAGGCAAUACUAAAGAGAAACGGUUCCUCUGCAUGUUCUGUAACAAAGGCUUCAGCUGCCCCCAGAAGGUGGAGAGGCACCAGAGGAUCCACACAGGUGAGAAACCCUACAGCUGCCCCCAGUGUGAGAAAAGGUUCUCCCGCCAGGACCACUUGAAGUUGCACCAGAAGGUCCACACAGGGGAGAAACCCUACAGCUGCCCCCAGUGUCACAUGCGCUUUACCCAGGCUGGCAACCUGAAGAUGCACCUGAAGGUCCACACGGGAGAGAGGCCAUUCGCCUGUACGCACUGCGGGAAGAAGUUCUCAGAGAGGAGAUACCUCAGGAUACACCAGCAGAAAAACCAUUCCACUCUAACAUAGAAAGUAACCAUUCCAUUCAAUAGCUUCUGGCGUUUAGAUCAAACCCUGCAUUAAAGACAAAGACUAAUUUACAUUGUUGUCAACAGAAAUUAUGCAUUUGGAAUAAGCAGAGGAACAGAUUUCAGUGUUGAAUAUUCCUGGGCAGAAUAUUGCAUCCAGACAUUGUGAUAUACACUGAAUGUAUAAAACAUUAGGAACACCUUCUCUUUCUAUGACAGACUGACCAGGUGAAUCCAGGUGAAAGCUAUGAUCCCUUAUUGAUG